AUGGGAGAAAAACCUCAUAAAUGCCUGGUGUGUGGAAAGAGCUUUAGUCAGAGCAGUGGCCUUUAUACACAUCAAAGCAUCCAUUGGGGAGAGAAACUGAAGAAAUGCCUGGAAGGCGGAGGGUCCUUCGGAAGACCUCUGACUCAUCCUGUGAGUCCCCGAAGGAUCCAGGAGGGAGAAGAGAAAUAUCAGUGCCCAGAAUGUAAGAAAUCCUUUAAUAGAAAUGCAUAUCUUCAAAGGCAUCUAAGUAUCCAUUCAGGAGAGAAGAAAUACCAAUGCUCAGAAUGUGAAACAUCAUUCAGAACAAGAGAUCAUCUUAAAACCCACCUAAGAAAACACACGGGAGAAAAACCUCAUAAAUGCCUGGAGUGUGGAAAGAGCUUUAGUCGGAGAAGCAGCCUUUAUACACAUCAAAGGAUUCACUCGGGAGAAAAACCGCAUAAAUGCCUGGAAUGUGGAAAGAACUUCAAAAAACCUUAUAAAUGCCUGGAAUGUGGAAAGAGCUUCAAUCAAAGGGAAAGUCUUGAUAAGCAUCAAAGAAUCCAUACAGGAGAAAAACCCUACAAAUGCCUGAAGUGUGAAAGGAGCUUUAAUGACCAUUCAAACCUCCGUCGACAUAAAAUGAUUCACACACGAGAAAAACCUUAUAAAUGCCUGGAAUGUGGAAAGAGCUUCAAUCAAAGGGAAAGUCUUGAUAAGCAUCAAAUGAUUCACACACGAGCAAAACCUUAUAAAUGCCUGGAAUGUGGAAAGAGCUUCAAUCACAGGAGCGACUGUGAUAGACAUGAAAUAAUCCACUCAGGGGAAAAGGAAUACAAAUGCACAGAAUGUGAAAAGUCCUUCAAAAAAACCAGAGAUCUUCAAAGGCAUAUAAGAAUCUACACUGGAGAAAGGAAAUAUCAGUGCCCGGAAUGUGGGAAAUCCUUCAAGAGAAAUGACAUGCUUAAAAGGCAUCUAAGGAUCCACACAGGAGAAAAGAAAUGCGACUGCCCAGAAUGUAAAAAAUCCUUCAAGAGAAAUGACCACCUUAAAAGGCAUCUAAGAGUCCACUCAUUAGAGAAACCAUUUAAAUGCCUGGAGUGUGGAAAGAGCUUCAAUUAUAGGAGUGAGUUUGAUGGACAUGAAAGAAUCCACUCAGGAGAAAAGAUAUACAAAUGCACAGAAUGUGAAAUAUCCUUAAAAAAAGGGGGUUCUCUUCAAAGGCAUAUAAGAAACCACAAAGGAGAAAGGAAAUAUCAGUGCCCGGAAUGUGAAAAAUCUUUCAAAACUAAUGGGCAUCUUCAGAGACAUCUAAGCAUCCACUCAGAAGAAAAACCUCACAAAUGCCUGGAAGUCCAUUCAGGAGAGAAACCUCAUAAAUGCCUAGAAUGUGGAAAGAGCUUCAUUCGGUUGGGACACCUUUAUACACAUCAAGAGAUCCAUUCCGGAGAGAAACCCUACAAAUGUCUGGAGUGUGGAAAGAGAUUCAUUCUGAUGGGAACUCUUUAUAGACAUCUAAGGAUCCAUUCCAGAGAGAAACCUUACAAAUGUCUGGAGUGUGGAAAGAGAUUCAUUCUGAAGGAAUACCUUUAUAAACAUCAAAGAAUCCACUUGGGAGAAAAACUUCACAAAUGCCUAGAGCUCUUCCAGUGA